AUGAACAACUCUAACAUCACAUAUACCCUCAUUACAAAUAAGGGAGAUCCGUCUACUCUUCAGGAGGCUUGUGUUGAGCCUGAUGCAGAAAAGUGGAAGGGGACAAUGGACAAUGAGAUAGACUCCUGGCACAAGAACAAGACAUGGAAGAUAGUGGAGCUUCUAGUGAACCGAAAUGCAAACAGAUGCAAGUGGAUCUUCGAGAAAAAACAUGAUAGAUGCAAAGAAUGGUUGGUAGUGAAGGAUUACGCUCAUGGAGAAGGAAUCAACUUUACAGAGAUAUUCAAACUGGUUGUAAAGCAAGAAAUUGAGGAAAGCUUGAAAUGUCACCAAUAA